AGAGAAGCCAGAGAGAAACUUGUCUUGGGGAUUUUAGGAGGCAGGAGGAGGGAGAGGUGCACACAGGAAUUCACCCGGACCAUGAAGGCGGCCCUGGCUCUUCUCCUCCCUCUGGCGCUCGCCCUGGCCCCGGUGGCGAGCGGGCAGCGGCGCAAACCCCCGCGCAGACCCACGCGGCCUCCCGCGCCCUUCGAGGAACCCGCAGAACCCACGGAGCUGCCCCCUCCCCUCCCUCCGGGCCCUCCAUCCAUCUUCCCCGACUGUCCCCGCGAGUGUUACUGCCCUCCCGAUUUCCCGUCGGCGCUGUACUGCGACAGCCGCAACCUGCGCACGGUGCCGCGCAUCCCGGCGCGCAUCCACUACCUGUACCUGCAGAACAACUUCAUCGCCGAGCUGCCCGAGGAGUCCUUCCGCAACGCCACCGCCCUCAAAUGGGUCAACCUGGACAACAACCGCAUCCGCAAGGUGGACAGGAAGGUGUUGGAGAAGCUGGAGAAUCUCAUCUUCCUCUACAUGGAGAGGAAUCAGCUGAAGGAGGUGCCCGCCUUCCUGCCACCCAACCUGGAGCAGCUGAGGCUCAGCAGGAAUCAGAUCUCCAGGAUUCCCGCGGGUGUGUUCAACAAGCUGGAGAACCUGGUGCUGCUGGAUCUGCACCACAACAAGCUGAGCGAUGGAGUUUUCAACAAGAACACCUUCAAGGGGCUCAAGAAUCUCAUGCAGCUCAACCUGGCCCACAACAUCCUGAGGAAGAUGCCCCCCGGUGUCCCCAACGCCAUCCACCAGCUCUUCCUGGACAGGAACAACAUCGAGGACAUCCCCAGCGAUUAUUUCAAGGAAUUCCCCAACCUGGCUUUCAUCCGGCUCAACUACAACCAGAUCUCGGAUAAGGGGCUGCCCAAAAAUUCCUUCAACCUCACCAACCUGCUGGUGCUGCAUCUGGCCCACAACAAGCUCACCAACGUGCCCUUCAUCAGCCCCAAGCUGGAGCAUCUCUACCUGAACAACAACUCCAUCGAGAAAAUCAACGGCACCCAGAUCUGCCCCACCUCGCUGGUGUCCAUCCAGGAUUUCUCGCCCUCCGACCUGGACAGCGUCCCCCGGCUGCGCUACCUGCGGCUGGACGGGAACCUGCUGAAGCCGCCCAUCCCUCUGGACCUGAUGCUGUGCUUCCGCCUGCUCCAGUCCGUGGUGUUUUAGUCCUGCUGGGUUCUCCCAGACCCGGCUUAGCUCGGACAUUUCACUCCCGGCAGCGUGGGACCCUCUGUCCUCCCUCUCCCUGCGCUCAUCCCUCUCCUCCAUCCCUCUUCUCCAUCCCCUUUUCCUCCCCUGCAGGACACUCGCGGCUCCUUGGGGACGCAGCUGCCACCCUAAAAUCUCUGUCCUUGUCCCCCCAAACUCGCUGUCCUUGUCCCCCCAAACUCUCUGUCCUUGUCCCCCCAAACUCUCUGUCCUUGUCCCCCCCAAUUCACUGUCCUUGUCCCCCCAAACUCUCUGUCCUUGUCCCCCCAAAUUCACUGUCCUUGUCCCCCCAAACUCUCUGUCCUUGUCCCCCCAAACUCUCUGUCCUUGUCCCCUAAACUCGCUGUCCUUGUCCCCCCAAAUUCACUGUCCUUGUCCCCCCAAAUUCACUGUCCUUGUCCCCCCAAACUCUGUCCUUGUCCCCCCAGGCCGAGCCCGGAGCCGGCUCCGUCUCUCCCUUGGCUCCUGGCAGAGUUCGGGGCUUGUCCCUGCUCCUCCCGGUGGAUUUUGGAGCGGGGCUGGAGCUGGAAGUGGAGGGGGAUGGAUAAUGUGGCCAGAGCAGGGGAUGGGGACAUUGCUGUCACCUGGGUGUUUCUGGAGAGUUUGGAUCUGAAAUCCCUCCUGGAGUUGAGGGUUUGCCGGGAGGGGGCAGGGAGGUGUCCUGGAUCCUGCGGGUCACUCCUUCCCACACCCCCCUGGGCAAGAGCAGGCCCUGCCCGGCUUCAAAUCCCCAUCCCAGCACGGAGCUGUGGGGCCACAGUCCCACCCCAAAAUCCUGGAUCCUUCCCUGGAAAAUCUGGGAUUCAGGGACACAUCCAUGGGGUCACAACCCCACACCAAAAUCCUGGAUCCUUUCCUGGAAAAUGUGGGAUUCAGGGACACAUCUGUAGGGUCACAACCCCACCCCAAAAUCCUGAAUCCUUCCCUGGAAAAUCUGAGGAUGCAGUCACAUCCAUGGGAUCACAUCCCCACCCCAAAAUCCUGAAUCCUUCCCUGGAAAAUCUGGGAUUCAGGGACACAUCCAUGGGUCACAUCCCCACCCCAAAAUCCUGAAUCCUUUCCUGGAAAAUCUGAGGAUGCAGUCACAUCCAUGGGAUCACAUCCCCACCCCAAAAUCCUGGAUCCUUCCCUGGAAAAUCUGGGAUCCAGGGACACAUCCCUGGGUCACAGUCCCUUCCCAAAAUCCUGAAUCCUUUCCUCUGAGCUGGGGGGAUACAGACACAUCUAUGAGGUCACAGCCCCAUGCCAGCAUCCCACACCUUUCCCUGGAAAAUCUGGGAUUCAGGGACACAUUUGUGGGAUCACAGCCCC